AUGUUUGUAGUUUGUCGUUUAUGGAACAAUUUGGUUAAAAGGAAACUCGUAAAAGUUCGAGAAUUACAUUUGGAAGGAUUCGAAGACGAAAUACCUAAAAAUGAGGUUUAUCAUAUUUAUGAAACUUCAUGCAUUCAUUCAUCUUAUCAUUCUGUCUACACCAACGACUUAAGAUUUGUUGAGAAAGUAAACGUUUCUAAACUUUUACCAAAUCUUAAGUAUUUUAAAACUAGUAAUGUGGAUGGUCAACAGUGUGUGUGCAAGGCAACGAUCAAUGUUUUAUCGACUUCGAACACGUUGAUUGGAUUAAAGGAUGAAUCUCCAUGUUACAAAAGUUACUUCAAUCUUAACCCCCAUGCUCACAUCGAUAAAGUCGUAAGACAUUGCGACAAUUUGAAACACUUUGAAGCUUUGGUCGAUUUCUCUAAAUUUUCCUUGCACCCUGAAGCUACUGAUUCUUUUGCAAGAUUAAUGGCGAAAAUGCCAAAUCUUGAAACUUUGACUUUGUUAUGUGAACCUGAAAUCGAACCUCCUGAAUGGCCUAAACCGAAAAUUAAUUUGAAACAACUCAAAAUAAGAAAUAUUGACAUUGAAUCUUCAACUCUUCAAGUUUUAUCUCUUUUCCCUGAACUACCAAGUCUACACUUAAGUUUUGAACAGCGAGAAGAAGCCAAAGCUUUUCCUACUUCCAGAAUUCAUCCGGAUGUCCAAGAUUUGGCAUUAGACAUCCUAACAAUAGGUGAGAGAAUGCGAUUUUUCAUUCAGCCAGCACCUUAUUCAGGUGAAGAUGUCGACUGCGGUAAGCUGCUUAAAAGUGUAUUGGCUAACUUUCCCAAUUGUAAGAAUCUUAUGAUUCGGAUCCGCUACGGAUUCACUGAGAAUGAUUCGGUGUUCAAGAUAAUUGAAAUGUUACCGAACUUGAAUCUUUUUGUUCUACAUAUUGAUGACAUAAAAGACACUUGGAAGGACCCUGCUUACUUUGAUACUGUCGAUAAACAUUGCAAGUCAAUUGGUCGUCGGAUCGCUUUUUACACAGUCAUCGAUGUUUCUUUUCACAAAAAAAUUCGAUAUUCAGUGAAUGAAGAUAUCGCCAGUCCUUUCAACACCGAUAAUCAAUUCAUACAAAAGUAUUUUCGUCGUUUGUUUUGUGAUAACGUAUUUUCAUAAAAUUUCUCAACGGAAACUAAUAUAUAAUCAAUAGAUAAGCAAACUAAACUUUUCUGUCAAUCAAAUUAUCUGCAACUAUUGUUACUAAUCCUUUAUCGUAUUAAAAUUUAUUUGGUUUCAAUUCGAGAUAAGUUAAGGUAUCAUUA